UGGUGAUGGCAGCAGUGGGAUUUCACAAGUUAUCUCAAAAGCUACAAAAGGAAGUGUUCUUGAAAUGCCUUUUUGUUGCAGAGAGGCAGAGAAAGAGAUGACCGAGUGAGUUGUGGAAAUCAAGCCGACUCCCACUGCAUAUACUACGUCUACUACCUUCCUUGAUUCCUUACUUCUUGUCAUUCGACAAUCGCCAUUUUUCCGGCACUGGGAUCUCACAAGUUGUCCAGCUUCUGCUCUGUAGUAAAACGAUGGAGUCUUGGAGUUAUGCUUCAGAUGGAAGAACCCAUUUCUUCACUGAUGAGGUAGAUUUCCCUGUUGACAUGUUCUUGAGAAGUCGAACAGAGGUGGGAGAAUGGGACAGGAAAUCAAUUGAUAGCCUGGACUUUGUUGAUUUGGGUUUCCAGGAUGUGUUAAAAAGUCCUUGCUCUUAUGGCAAUGACAACAACCCUGUUUUAGGGAUGUUUGGUAGUAGUGAUUUGGGUUUUAAUUCGCACAUCUUGGUAGCUACGAAUUCCUCAUUGGAGUCUGGAUCGAACCAUUCAAGUUUCCCUAUAGAAUCCAGCAGUCAAGGCUCAUCAUCACUUAUCAAUUUGAAGCUAGGGUGUUUGGCUGACUGCAUGGGUGCACAGAACAGUGAGUUUUGUCAUAAGAGAGCACUGCUACAUUCUGUGGAACAUGCUACUCCGGUGAAGAGAGCUCGAAUCGUGAUUCCAUACUGUCAGGUCUAUGGUUGUAAUAAGGACCUUAGCUCCUUGAAGGAUUACCACAAGAGGCAUAAAGUGUGUGAGGUCCACACUAAGACUCCUAAGGUCAUUGUUAAUGGGAUUGAACAGAGGUUUUGCCAGCAGUGCAGCAGGUUCCAUUUGCUUUGUGAAUUUGAUGAUGGCAAGCGUAGCUGUCGAAAACGCCUAGCAGGCCACAAUGAAAGGAGAAGGAAGCCUCAGUUCAGUGGCUUCUCCAGUAAUGCCUACAAGUUACUGCACCAAUAUCAAGGCAGUAUAUUUCUCGACACUCCUCUGCCAAAGAGAAUCUCAUUCCUUUUCCCAGAUAUGCUCCCACGUGGUCAUCACUUUCCAGAAGCUAACCGGUACAGCCAUGUUUCUUCGUUUGGGGAAAAGCCAAGUUCCAAUCCUCAAUCAGCAUUUCCCGUGACUAGUGAUCAAUGGCUGGCAAGUCAACCAGUUUACUCAGUCUCACCUUUCACACACGAGCUAGCUGGGCUGUCAACCCAUUCUAGCCGUGCUCUCUCUCUUCUGUCAGACAAAGCACAAUACCCUAAGGGCAUAUCCUCUAGUGGGUCGAGUCACUCGUACCAGAGUUUAGGUAUGUGUGGUAAAUGUAAGUGUUGCUCGCCUCGAAUGAACUCCGUCAUCCAAGUCACUACUGAUCAUGCUGCUACCGAGCUUCGUGUGAAACCAGCUGUUUCGAAUUCCGAGAACCGUGGCUCUCCUGAUAACGAACAUACAGUGGACUUGCUUCAGCUGUCAUCACACCUUCAACGUGUGGAACAACAGAGGACCAUCGUCCAAAUGAAGAACGAAAAUGAGGAUUUGUUUGGUUUCUUCACAACUGAUGGUCUAAGAGUAUGAAAAAAGAAGAUCGGUCCAGGUAUUGCAGAAGCACCCUUUCAAAAACCAGCAGUGUAGAUGAAAUUACCAAAGAAGAAUUGCUUCUUCUUUUGUUGCUCUUUUUGUCUGUAAACUAUGUUUCACGUCGGUUGUGCAGGAUCGACUGAAUUCCUCGUUUGAAUGAAUGAAAACACUGUAAAGCCUCCAGUUGUUAUCAUUUGGUAAUGUACAUGGGAAAAAAGAAGCCAGAUUGUUGUGUUGUUCUCGCUGUAAGAUACUCUUGAAAUUUGAUUCUCUUUUUCACGCUGUACUUCGAGAACCAUGUUCCUAGUUCAUGGUUCCUUUUUCAUGCCUGAGCCUUUCAGUCAUCGAAGGGGCGAGUUUGGAAGGAACAAGCUUUAAGUUUUCAAAGAAAAGAAGGGAGUGAGUGAGAGAGAGAGAGAGAGAGAGAGAGAGAGCAUUGUCUAUGUUUGUAAAGCUACUACUUUUUCUUGUAUAGAAUCUUUGAUGUAAGCAGCAGCAGGCUCCCUUUGAUUGUUUUGCUUGAUUGCUUUCUGUAUAAAGAGUGUUUGGCAUGCAUUUCCCCCACCAUAAUAAACAAAACUUCC